AUAAUAUGUGAAAAUCUGUAAAAAACGUUUUAAAAAUCUGUCAUUUUUAUGAAAUAUUCAUAAAAAUCUGUAAAUUCUGUGUAAAAUAGGCAAAAAAAUCUGUGAAUAUGGUAACUCUGAUCUCUGUACGUCAGUACCAUGAAUGAAUAUGUGGAAUGAUUUAUUUUGAUUGCUGGUAGACCGUCGUUUUUGUAUUUAUAUUUGACCGAUUUAAAAAAAUUGUUCAAUAUGGAUGUAUUAUUACUCACUGGACUUGCGGUAGCUUUAUUAGUUAUAUUGUUAACAUUAUUCAUACUGUCAAGAAGGGAUGCAACUAAAUUACCAGAUCAUGCACACAGAGAGAAUGAAGCAAACAUUCCGCGACGUGUUCAAGUGGUUCGAAAUCAACGAAACCGAGCCAGGUUAGCCGCGGAGGCACAACCAGUAGCCGAAGAGAAUGAUAGCGCUGAUGAUAUCCCCCAUGCAGAUCCAGAUUUGAGCAAUGAAAAACUGGGUACAAAAAAGCGAGCAAAACUAGAAGCUAAAGCUGAGAAAAAGGCUCAACGCGAGCACGAGCUUAAAUUGCGUGAAGAACAGAAGAAAAAAAUUGCUUUGGCAGAAGAAGAACGAUCACGUUUGGAAGAGAAGGAAGCUGAAGAAGAAAAAAGAAAAGAGGAAGCUGAAAAAAAAGCUAGAGAGGAUCAAGAAAGGAAGGAAUACGAGGAAUAUUUACGAAUGAAAGAAUCGUUUAGUGUCGAGGAAGAAGGCUAUGAUCAGGAAGAAGAAGAUGAGAAAUUAAACCAACUGCAAGAAUUUAUAAAAUUUAUCAAGCACAAUAAAGUAAUAGUAUUAGAAGAUUUGGCAGUUCACUUCAAAUUGAAAACACAAGCGGUUAUUGAUAGAAUAACCGAGUUGCAGAAAGAAGGUCGACUUAGUGGUGUCAUCGAUGAUAGGGGAAAGUUUAUUUAUAUAUCGGAAGAAGAGCUUUCUGCUGUUGCCAGAUUUAUCAAACAACGCGGUCGGGUUUCAAUAACAGAACUUGCAGAAAACAGUAGUAAUUUAGUAAAUCUUACUCCCGUGGCUGUAGACGAAUAAUAUAAUAUUCCAUUAAAAUGUUUUGAAUUAUAUUUUUACAGUUUAUCAUGCAAAAAAAAUCCUAACUCUAAGUACUUUAUAUUUACAAAGUUAUCCGGUUUUCUUCUUUUGUUUUAGAAAUGCAUGAAACGUUGA